CAGGCCCCGCCCCACUCCGCCCCGGCGUCCCUGCCGCUCGGCUGCCGCGUCCUCUCGGCCGGCCUGGUGUGCAGAUCCUCAGCAUGAGCUCCUCCGCCGCCAGCCCGCUCUUCGCGCCCGGCGAGGAUUGCGGCCCCGCGUGGCGCGCGGCUCCCGCGGCCUAUGACGCGUCCGACACGCACCUGCAGAUCUUGGGCAAGCCGGUGAUGGAGCGUUGGGAGACCCCCUACAUGCAUGCGCUGGCGGCGGCCGCCGCCUCCAGAGGGGGUCGUGUCCUGGAAGUGGGCUUCGGCAUGGCUAUUGCGGCCUCCAGGGUGCAGCAGGCCCCCAUAGAAGAACACUGGAUCAUUGAGUGCAACGAUGGGGUCUUCCGGCGCCUGCAAGACUGGGCCCCGCGACAGCCACACAAGGUUGUUCCCUUGAAAGGCCUGUGGGAGGAGGUGGCGCCUUCACUACCUGACGGCCACUUCGAUGGGAUCUUGUAUGACACAUACCCGCUGUCUGAGGAGACCUGGCACACCCACCAGUUCAACUUCAUCAAGAACCACGCUUUCCGCUUGCUGAAGCCAGGGGGCGUCCUCACCUACUGCAACCUCACGUCCUGGGGCGAGCUCAUGAAGUCCAAGUACACGGACAUCACCACCAUGUUUGAGGAGACACAGGUGCCUGCCCUGCAGGAGGCAGGCUUCCGGAGAGAGAACAUCCGCACAGAGGUGAUGGCGCUGGUGCCGCCCGCGGACUGCCGUUACUACGCCUUCCCCCAGAUGAUCACACCCCUGGUCACCAAGCACUGAGCAACCGGCCGGGACUGGAAUGAGCCUUGUCCUCUUGGGUGCCUUGGUGGCUGGAUGUGGGCUGCAGCCUCGGCUCCCCUGCAGUCCCUGCCUGGCCCCGCUGCUUCCCAGAGCUCAGGGAGAAAAUGAGAGCUAACAAGAGGACUGGUCCCUCAGCAGGGAGCCGGAGGGCGGGCGGGGAGGGACACAUCUGGUCCAGACCCCGCCCUGUCUCAGCAGCUGUGGUGCCCGGUGCCCCUGCCCUGCCCAGACAUGACCAAUCAACCACUGUCCGCUUCCAAUCGCUCCCUCUUCCUUUCUUUUCUAAUGGAAAUCAACGUUUUAAAAUCUAUUCUAUAUCCUUCCUGCCUAUUAAAAAUAUCUUCGCUACGCCA